AUGAUUAACGCCGUCCUCGUCUUCAACGGCCAGGGCCAACCCCGCCUCACAAAGUUCUAUACACAGCUUGAGACGAGCAUACAACAACGUCUCAUCACAGAGAUCUUCAGCCUCGUGUCGAACCGUCCCAACGGCGCCUGCAACUUCCUCCCGCUCCCGCCCCUCCUUGCCGCGUCCGGCACGUCGCACUCAGCCUCGGAGCCGCACAACGACGUCCCGUCACUAGUCACAUAUCGCAACUACGCGACGCUCUACUUCAUCGUCAUCUCCACCUCGACAGAGUCCCCCCUCGCCCUGCUCGACUUGAUCCAGGUCUACGUCGAGGCGCUCGACAAGCUGUUCGAGAACGUCUGCGAGCUCGACCUCAUCUUCAACUUUGAGGCGCUGCAUACCACCCUCAGCGAGAUGAUCGUCGGUGGCGUGGUAAUAGAGACCAACCUCGAGCGGAUAGUGGCCGGUGUAAGGGCGCAGGGCACGGUCGCCAAAAGACCAGUCAACGAAUCGAGGUCUGGAGGGCUGAGCGCGGCGGGUUUGUCGCUGGGCAGCAACUUUGGCUGGCCAGGCAGGUAG